AUGCCUUCGUCCGCAAUCAUCAUUCCUCCAUCGGAAACUUUUGUCGAUGUCUCAAUCAUAGACACUAAAUCGUAUUUUGGACCCCUUGGGGUCGAGUACUUCUUGAAACCCGGCCCAGUAGGAGCGCACAAGACAGUCGGAGCCGCAUUCUAUUGCUUCCUCGUUCACCAUAAACCUUCCAAUACUCGGUUGCUUUUCGACCUUGCGCUUCGAAAGGACGUGGAGAAUCUUUCCCGUUCCAUGCGCAAAUCCAUUGAACAAGGCGGUUGGGAAGUGAACGUGCCAACAGACAUAGCCGACAUUCUUAGCUCAAAUACCGUUCCUCUCGAAUCGAUCAACGGAAUCGUCUGGAGCCACCAUCAUUGGGAUCAUAUCGGCGACCCAAGCACGUUCCCGAGCACUACAAGUCUGAUUGUUGGUUCUGGUUUCAAGGACGAGUUUCUUCCUGCAUAUCCCGAGAACCCAGAUUCGCCUCUUACCCAGGAUGCUAUAUUAGGCAGAGAAGUGGUUGAGCCGGACUUUAAGGGUACCGAUAUUAUCCAGAUUGGGGGCUAUGCUGCUGUCGACUAUUUCAAAGACGGGUCUUUCUACUUCCUCGACACGCCCGGCCACACCAUUGGACACGUGUCGGCUCUGGCCUGCACUACCGCCGGCGACGAUUCUACAUUCAUGCUUCUUGGCGGUGAUGUGGCCCAUCAUGCCGGCGAGUUCCGCCCAUCUCCUUUUGAACCAAUGCCAGCGGAGAUCAGACCAGACCCACGAAAGCCCGCGUUUCAAAGCAACGGAAACGGAUCAUUCUGCCCUGGUUCAAUGUUUGAGAGGGUGCAUCGAGGAGCCUUGGAGCGGUCUAUGGAUCCUCGCACUACGCCAUUCUACCAAACUACGGGUGCGCACGACGAACCCUUUGACGCCAACGACAACGUUUUUACUGCAAUCGCCCACGACUCUUCUCUCGCUGACGUUGUGGACUUUUUCCCCAAUAGUGCCAAUGAGUGGAAAGCCAAAGGUUGGAAGCGAGAGGGACACUGGCGCUUCUUGAGUGAUUUCAUUUAG